UUGCAAAGUAAAAGCAUUCCAAUUACUCAAAAGUCUCUAACCAAACCAUGAACACUCACAGCCUUGCGUGUUGUUGUUUGGUUCUCACCUUCACAACGUCCUUCAGUACUAUUCCUUCUAAUGCAAAACAAACCCCACCAUCUUCAGAUAUCUUCAAAAUCCACCAUGUUUGGCACCAAGUUCUGCAACGAGAAAGCACAACACAAGAAUUCAUAACACCCCAUGAUCAUUCACUUACAUCUCUCCCAAUCGUGCUUGCAGCAAUCUUCUGCUUCAUAGCUUCCUCUAUUGCCAGUGCCGGUGGACUAGGUGGUGGUGGACUUUUCAUACCCAUUUUAACUAUUGUGGCUAAACUAGACCUCAAAACAGCUUCAAGUCUCUCAUCUUUCAUGGUUACAGGUGGGUCAAUCGCAAAUGUCCUGUGCAAUUUGUGCAGAAGUUGUGAGUUCGGAGGCAAGUCAUUGAUUGAUUAUGACAUAGCUCUUUGUUCAGAACCUUGCAUGCUUCUUGGAGUGAGUUUUGGAGUUAUCUGCAACAGAGUGUUCCCAGAAUGGUUAAUCACUCUUCUGUUUGCUAUUUUCCUUGUCUGGUCACUCUGCAAAACAUGUAAGAGAGGGUUGAUGUUAUGGAAGAUUGAGUCAGAAGAAAAAAGGAAAAAUGAUGGGUUUGAGGAAGCUGGAAAGGGGAAUUUUGAGGCAACUCGCAAUCCGAGUGACAAAGAAAAUACCAGAUUGAAGCUUCCAUGGAUGAAAUUAGGGGCUUUGCUUUUGGUUUGGCUUUCUUUCUUCUCUCUCUAUUUUCUUCAAGGCAAUGGAUAUGGACAGAGUAUCAUUCACAUGAAGCCCUGUGGUGUGGGACACUGGAUUCUCUCAUCAGCUCAAGUGCCUCUUGCUGUGAUUUUCACAGCUUGGAUUGUGUUUAGUGAAAGAACAUCCUAUCAAAAUGAAGCUAACUACAAUGGAAAUGUGAUGCAGGGUCAAGACCUGUGCAGAGAUGCACCAUCAAAGAAGCUUCUCUUUCCUUUGAUGGCACUGCUAGCAGGGAUUUUGGGUGGUGUUUUUGGAAUAGGAGGUGGAAUGUUAGUGAGUCCAUUUCUUCUUCAGGUUGGAAUAGGACCUGAGAUAACAGCAGCAACAUGCUCCUUCAUGGUUUUGUUCUCGUCAACAAUGUCAACAUUACAGUAUGGAUUGAUGGGCAUGGAAGAUAUAAAGAAAGCCUUGAUAUUGAGCACAAUAAGUUUCGUAGCAUCCCUCGUGGGGUUAUUAGUGCUGCAGAGAGCUGUUCGAAAGUAUAAAAGGGCAUCUUUAAUUGUCUUCUCAAUAAGCGUAGUCAUGGCUUUAAGUAUUGUCCUAAUGACUAGCUAUGGGGUCAUUGACGUUUGGAGGGACUAUAAAUCUGGGAAACACAUGGGGUUCAAAGCACUCUGUAAAAUGGAACAAUCUUCUUAAACCAGUUCCAGUGGUAUGCUAGCUGCUAUGAGUAGUAGACAAAACUAUGGUUUAGUCCCAAGGGGAAACAAAAAAAGGCAUUCUUAAUUUGGUAUUCCACAGCACAGUGGUUUUUUUUUUUUUUAAAAUCAGGCUAGUACUCCAACAUAGUUAUAAAAUCCAAAUCAAAAAGCAUAUUCCCAGGACUGCAUACUUGUUAUGCAUCUACAGCUGACAGCAGCAACAAGAACUAUCACGGCUUUGUGCUCAUGAACAAUGUCAUACUGGAUAUGUACUCUGAAAAAGCAGCAUUUGUUGCCCCUAAUAAAUGGAGCUGAAGGGGACAGAUGGUAUCAAGAACUAAUUCGAAGUCCUAUUAAUCCGGACAUACAAACCUGAUACCAUGUCAAAAGUAGUUCAAUUCAGCAGUUUCAUAUGCUAAGUAAAAGCUUGUGAAUCUCUAGUAUUAUAUUGGCAAAAGUAAAUCUCAAGUGUUUGGCAUAAUGGUUAUUGAUGCAUUGGAUUGCUUAACCAGGUCGAUAAGGAAGAUACACCAGUAACAUCAUUCACAAAAGAAUCUACCUUCAGUUGACACAAAAGCUGAUUCAAGAAUAUCCUUACCAGACAACAAAUUAUAAUGCCUACAUGUACAAGUUCCGAUUAAAUUUAAGAUGACAAACUAUACAGACAGUUACCAAAGCAAUGAAAUCUUAAAACAUAAAACUUGAAUGUCA